AUGCGUUGGAUUACUUUGUAUCUUCUCUCCACCCUGGCCAUUCGCUCAUGGGCAGCCCCCGCGACGACUGGCACCGGAAAGCCAAUCCCCUAUGAACGUCAAACCCCCCCUCUGGAUACACCUUGGACGGAUGCCGUGGGCACUAAUCCGUGGCCUGAGUAUCCUCGUCCACAGCUCCAACGCUCCACAUGGCAGAAUCUGAAUGGAUUAUGGCAGUACAAGCGUGCGGAGAACGUCGAGGCCGUCAAUUCUCCUCCGUUCGGACAGCCGCUCACCCACGAGGUGCUGGUCCCAUCGUGUCUGGAGAGUGCAUUGUCCGGCAUCCAGGGCAAAAACACCCUCUACUCCUGGUUUAAGAAUCAAUUCAACGUGCCUAAAUCCUGGAGCAACCAACAUGUGCUGCUGCACUUUGGUGCCGUCGACUACGAGGCCACCGUGUUUGUUAAUAACAAGCAGGCGGGUUUCCAUCGCGGCGGAUAUUUUCAUUUCACCGUUGACAUCACGGCGCAUGUGAAGUUUGGCGGCACCAACGAGCUCCUCGUCUUCGUACACGAUCCCACCGACAGUGACUCGUAUGUGGUUCCCAUUGGGAAGCAGACGUUGAACCCCUCGCAUAUCUUCUACACCCCUUGCAGUGGAAUCUGGCAGAGUGUCUGGAUUGAGUUAGCGCCAGAGAACUUUAUCACCGGGCUGGACCUGCAUGCUAAUAUGGAAGGCCAAGUCAAUGUCACGGUGCAUAGCGGAAAAAGCACCCCUGUCAUGGUUGCCGUGCACGAGGCCGAGGACGAGCUGACCUUCCACCACGGUACCUCCAACACACCCUUCCAGUUCGAGGUCGGUGAGGUCGACCUGUGGAGCCCUGAUUCUCCGACGCUUUACAAUGUCACCGUCAAGAUGGGCGACGACGAGGUCACCAGCUACACGGGUUUCCGCACCAUAUCCAAGGGAAAGAUUGAUGGCGUGUGGCGUCCGCUGCUGAAUGGCGAGCUUCUCUUCAUGUUCGGUACACUAGACCAGGGAUACUGGCCGGAUGGACUGUACACACCACCGCAUCGGAAGGCUAUGGUGUAUGAUCUGGAGAUGUUGAAAGACCUGGGUUUCAACAUGCUGCGGAAGCACAUCAAAGUCGAGUCCGAUCUCUUCUACCGCGCCUGCGACGAGUUGGGUCUGCUGGUCAUCCAGGAUAUGCCCUCCCCGCGGCCCUUGCAGUACACAACCAAUGCAUCCUGUCAGAGCGUCACCAUCCUGCCUGAUGCCAAGGCGCAGAAGGAGUUCAGCCGGCAGCUGGAACUUCUGGUGAACCAAUUCAAGAGCCAUCCGAGUAUCGCCGCCUGGGUCAUCUACAAUGAAGGCUGGGGACAGGUCAUCGAGGGGUACCCCGAGUUUGCACUGACGGAGCGGGUGAAGCAGCUAGAUCCCAGUCGGCUCGUAAUUGCCACCUCUGGCUGGGUAGACCACGGUGCGGGUGAUUUCAGCGACAACCAUCACUACGCCAAUCCCCAAUGCGGGACCCCGUUCUACUCGUUGCAAUCUGCACCCCACGAUCCCAGUCGUAUUGGUUUCCAGGGCGAAUUCGGUGGAAUUGGUCAUAACGUGUCCAUCGAGAAUCUCUGGAAUGACCAGAAAGCCAUCAACGCCAUCAACCAGACGUAUGAAAUCGACGAGACGCUCGACGCAUGGAAUUACCGCAGCCACGUUCUGCUUUCAGAGCUUCUGGAUCAAGUGCGUCGGUUCGAUUGCAGUGGGGGCGUGUGGACACAGACGACGGAUGUUGAAGGUGAGGUCAACGGGCUCAUGACAUACGAUCGCAGAGUCAAACGCGUAAAUAGAGAUCAGUGGAAGGAUGAUAUCCAGGCCCUGUACGAUGCGGCGGAGAAGCGACAGGUUGCGUGA